AUGGAGCCUCCAUCGAAAAAGAUGCGGACCCUCAUGGAUGAUGACGAGUCAGGCGACGAUGCUGGUGGUGUUUCCAUCACCAAGUCUCCUGCCGUAAACUUCAAGAUCAACGAAGACUACGCCCGACGAUUUGAGUACAACAAGAAGCGGGAAGAAGUGCAGAAGUUGGAAACGAAAUACGGAAAAUCAACCAGUCUGGGAAGGCGCCCAUUAAAUGACGAACCCGAGGAUGAAGAGUCUUCUUCCGACGAGGACGAAGAUGAGGAUGGAGAGUUGGCCACCAAGGCUUUAGACGCAGAGAUCAUGGCCACUCUGACGGCUAUUCGCUCCAAAGACCCCCGUGUGUACGAUGAGUCUGCUACUUUCUAUUCGAAGUUUGACGAGGAUGCCGAUGCCGCUCCCAAGGCGAAGAAAGAGAAGUCUAUGACGCUUCACGACUAUCAUCGCGAGAAUCUUCUCAAGGGAGCCGACCCUUCUGAGGAAGAGGAUACUCCCAAGACUUUUGCACAGGAGCAGGCAGAUCUGAAAGAUGAUCUAGUUAGACAGCUGCAUGGUUCCGACGAUGAGAUGGAAGAUGCCGAUGAAUUUCUCAUCCGCAAGUCUAAGCCGGAAGAGCCCCAGGCAGAGAUCCAGCUGGACAUUGAAAAUGCUGACAAGGACCCUGAGACUUUCCUUUCCAACUUUUUGUCAGCACGCGCCUGGAUUCCCGAGGGCCGUCCUGAGCUCCAUCCUUUCGAUUCAGACGAUGACGAUGAAGUCGAGCAUGCUGAUGCUUUCGAGCAGGCCUACAACUUCCGUUUCGAAGAUCCAAGCAAGCUCAAUGAGAAGCUGAUCACCCACUCUCGUGAUGCCACCAAUGAGCAAUCCGUUCGAAGAGCAGAGAAGAGCGCGCGUAAGAAGCUGCGUGAGGCUGAAGGCCAGCGCAAGGAGGAAGAGAAGAAGCAACGUACAACUGAGAAGAACCGACUGCGCAAGCUGAAGACCGAGGCAUUGCAACAAAAAGUCCAGCAAAUCAAGGAGGUUGCCGGCUUGCGUGCUGCAGAGUUUACAGAUGAUGACUGGGCUCGCUUCCUCGAUGAUGCCUGGGAUGACGACUCUUGGGAAAAGGAAAUGGAAAAGCGAUUCGGAACGGAAUACUAUGCUGAACAUGAUGACAAGAAGAAGCACCCCAAAAAGCCAGAGUGGGAUGAUGAUAUCGACAUCACCGACCUGGUUCCGGAUUAUAAGGACGAUGCCGAAGAUGCCCAGCCUACUCUUGAGUCAGACGACGAGACGGAGGGUGAUGAUGCCGGUACCAAGAAGAGCAAGGCCCAGGAGAAGCGUGAAUCGAAGCGUGACGCCCGCAAAGAACGUAUGCGCAUCGAUGAAGCCGUUGAGCGCAACCUGGAUCUCGAUAUCACUCUACUCCCCGGCGCUACCAAGAAGAAUGCCACACAUUUCCGUUACCGCGAGACAUCACCGCAGAGCUUCGGCUUGACAGCACGGGAUAUUCUCAUGGCAGACGAUACGCAGCUAAAUCAGUUUGCUGGUCUUAAGAAGCUCGCAACCUUCCGUGAGGAAGAGAAGAAGGCCCGCGACCAGCGGAGGCUGGGCAAAAAGGCCCGCCUUCGUCAAUGGCGGAAGGAUACUUUCGGCGAUGAGGAGGGCCCAGUGUUUGACUUUGGCGGGCCCAAGGCUGCCAAAGAUGCAGAGAAGGAUGAAGAUGAGGGAGAAGCCAAACUUGAUAUCCGCGAGGGUGAUGGCCGGAGAAAGAAGCGAAAACGGUCUAAGAAGAACUGA